AUGUUCUACACGCAAGCAAAGGCGUUACAGAGACUCCUGCGGUGUAAACACACGUUUGGUUCCACUCUAAAGUCUAGAAAGGCCUCCAGCUCUAGACUCGUUUUAGGCAUUGAGACAAGCUGUGACGACACUGGAGCUGCCGUGCUGGACGAGACGGGGGCCAUACUGGGGGAGUCUUUGCAUUCCCAGAAAGAGGUCCAUCUCAGGACUGGAGGCAUCAUCCCCACAGUAGCGCAGCAGCUGCACAGAGAACACAUCGAGCGGGUGGUCCAGGAGGCUUUGGGGAGGAGCGGCGUGACCCCGGGUCAGCUUUCGGCCGUGGCCACCACGGUGAAGCCAGGACUGGCCUUGAGCCUGGCCAUCGGUCUGGACUUCAGCCGGAGGUUCGUGCGGCGGAACGACAAGCCGUUUAUUCCCAUCCACCACAUGGAGGCCCACGCUCUGACCGUCCGGAUGCUCCGGCCCGUCGCUUUCCCCUUCCUGGUCCUGCUCAUUUCCGGUGGUCACUCCCUUCUGGCCGUGGCUCGGGGCGUGGACGACUUUCUGCUUCUGGGUCACACGUUGGACGAGGCUCCCGGGGACACGCUGGAUAAAGUGGCCAGACGUCUGUCCCUCAUAAAACACCCCCGGUGCUCCACCCUGAGCGGAGGACAAGCCAUAGAGCUCCUGGCGAAAGGCGGAGACAGGACCAAGUUCCCUUUCAGGACGCCCAUGGGCCAAACCUACGACUGCUGCUUCUUAUUUGCUGGACUUCGGAAUCAAAUCACAAUGACGAUAAAGAAAAAGGAGGCAGAGGAAGGUGUGGAGCCGGGAGCCGUUCUGUCGUGUGUUGAGGACAUGGCAGCUGCAGCUCAGCACUCGGUGGCCUCUCACCUCGCCAAGCGCACGCACCGGGCCAUCCUGUUCUGCAAAGCCCAGGGCCUGCUGCCGGAAAACAGUCCGGCUCUGGUGUUGUCUGGAGGAGUUGCAAGCAACCAGUACAUCCGCAAGGCUCUGACCAUCAUCACCGAGGCGACGGGACUCCAGCUGCUCUGCCCCCCCCCCAAACUCUGCACCGACAACGGGGUGAUGAUCGCAUGGAAUGGCGUGGAGCGUUUGCGGGAGGGAAAAGGGAUACUCUCCCCAGAUGUGGAUGUCUCCUAUGAGCCCAAGGCACCGCUGGGUGUCGACAUCUCUGCUGCUGUGAGGGCUGCAGCCAUCAAGCUGCCACCAGUCAGGAUCAAGAUCCCCAACUGAGGGUGAAAGUGGACAAAGUCAAAUAUUCCUGCUAUUUAUUAAUAAAUGCUCUUAUUUUAAUUUUUUUAACAGUUUUUUUACAGUUACUGAUUU